AUGCCUCUAAGCUCUUCUCCUUCUCCACCAGAUUCACCUUCACCAGCAAAUAUACCUUCAUCAGCAAACUUACCUCCACAAUUACAUACAGACUAUAACAACAACAACAACAAUAAUACUAAUACUAAUACUAACAAUAAUAAUAAUAAUCCAAUACUAUUACAACAACAGCAACAAAUACUACUACAACAACAACAGCAACAGCCUUUACAAAACAAUGCACUAUCAUCUUCAGCAUCAUCUUCAGCAUCUUCUUCUACAUCAACAUCAACAUCAACAUCAGCAUCAACAUCAACAUCAAUAUUUACUUCUCAACAACAACAACAACCAAAACAAAGCGUCUCUCUCAAAAUUGGCUUAAUUGGAGAUGCCCAAAUAGGUAAAACUUCUCUCAUGGUCAAAUACGUCGAAGGUGAUUACGACGAGGACUACAUCCAAACCCUCGGUGUCAACUUUAUGGAAAAAACAGUCACUAUCCGUAAUACAGAAAUCACCUUCUCUAUCUGGGACCUCGGUGGCCAACGCGAGUUUGUAAAUAUGCUCCCCCUAGUUUCAAACGAAGCUGUAGCCAUUCUCUUCAUGUUCGACCUCACCCGUAAAUCAACCCUCAACUCAGUCAAAGAAUGGUACCGCCAGGCUCGUGGGUUUAACAAAACUGCAAUCCCCUUUCUCAUUGGUACAAAGUUCGAUCUUUUUGCCGAAAAUAUGCUCCCAGAUGAACAAGAUGAAAUCACUCGUCAAGCUAAAAAAUUCGCAAAGGCAAUGAAGGCUUCUUUAGUUUUUUGCUCAACUUCCCAUUCAAUCAAUGUCCAGAAAAUCUUUAAAAUUGUUCUCUCAAAAGCUUUUGACUUAAAACUCACUCUUCCAGAACUUACGGAAACUGGUGAACCUAUAUUAAUAUAUCAACAGUGGUAG